AUGGGCAUUACCUUACAAGAUAUUGAGGUGAUGCUAGGGGUUCGUGUUGAUGGGUUGCCAAUUACUGGGGCUGUGAAGAUGGAUUGGCCUACGUUGUGUCUUCAGUUAUUGGGUCAUCAUCCACCAGACCCGAUACCGCAUCCCCAUGAGAACACCUCUAUCCUUGUUGGGGCGAGGCUCAGAUUCACCUGGCUGGAUGCACAAUUUAGUGGUCCCCUAGCUGCGGAUGCUAUUGAUAAGGUAGUGCAGCAACAUGCACGCUACCACAUACUCGAUCGGUUGGGGAUGAUUUUGUUUAUGGACAAGUCGGCAAACUGGGUGUCAGUGAUGCCUCUACAGUUCCUAAACCCAAUCAGCAACGUGAAGAGGUACAGUUGGGGUAGUGGGGCAUUAGCCUGGCUGUACAGGCAUCGGAGUCAAAGGCGAUGCAGAUUGGAGGAGCAGUGA